CCCGAGCAGCUCAAUCGGCCAAAGCAUGCCCAGUCUCCGACGCCACCCACCGCGAUCCUCACUGCCUCAGCGCCAUCAUCUCCGGCCUUGCCCUCGAUGGUCGCCCGCUGGAAGCUCUUCGCCUCUUCAAAUGGUUCCAGACCUCCGCCCUCGACCCCGACGAGUUCACCCUCUCCAAUGCGCUCUCGCUCUCCGCCAAUCUCAGCGCGCUGGACCAGGGAAGGCAGAUCCAAGCUUUCGUCUUCAAGAAGAAUCUACCCAUGGACGUCGCCGCCACCAACUCGCUCAUCAAUCUCUACUUCAAGUACGGCAGCAUCGCCGACGCGGAGAAGGUGUUCGACGGGACACUGUUGGACAAGAGAGAUUUAGGAGCCUCAUCCCAAGUUAUAUUCGUGACUCAUCAGUUGCAGUGAUUGCUUAUGAUGUUGCAAAUCGUCAGUCUUUCUUAAAUACUUUAAAAUGGAUUGAAGAGGUUCGAACGAAGAGGGGAAGUGAUGUUAUUAUUGUCCUUGUUGGGAACAAAACUGACUUGGUCGACAAGAGGCAAGUCUCCAUAGAAGAAGGAGAAGGUAAAGCGCAAGAGCUCGGUGUCAUGUUUAUCAAAACAAGCGCAAAAGCUGGCUUCAAUAUAAAGGCUCUCUUUCGAAAGAUUGCGGCUGCCUUGCCCGGGAUGGAAACCUUUCUCCUCCAUGUUGCUUAGAUUUAUGAGG